AUUAUUAUUAAUUAUGCCAAUAUCUCCAGUUAUAGCGUAUGGUUGCCGCAACUAUUACUAUGUCCCAGUCCCUCCUCUUAAACGCAUCUUAACCUACUCUUUCCGUAAGAAUCAUCUUCAUCACAACAACAGUCAUCGCUGCUUUCUUCUUCUUCUUCGCACCACUACAAAUUUCCAUCCUCAGUUUUCUACUUUCAAUCUCAUCCCUCGAAAGCUCUAUUGUCCCUUCACGGGUAACUCUCUCUUCUUCAGGAUGGAGCGAUUCUUUGCUGGAAGUGGCAUCAAUAAAAAUAAAGCUAUGGUAGAGCAUUUGCAACAUUAUGGUGUGAUCAGCUCAAGAAAGGUGGUUGAAGUAAUGGAAACUAUUGACAGGGCUUUGUUUGUACCAGAUGGAACUCAAGCCUAUGUUGAUAGCCCUAUGCCAAUAGGAUAUAAUGCCACUAUUUCUGCACCUCAUAUGCAUGCAACAUGCCUUCAGUUGUUGGAGGAGCAUCUAAAACCCGGCAUGCAUGCGUUAGAUGUUGGCUCAGGUACUGGUUACUUGACAGCAUGCUUUGCCAUUAUGGUUGGACCACAAGGCCGUGCUGUUGGUGUGGAACAUAUCCCAGAACUGGUUACUUCUUCAGUCAAGAAUAUUUUAAAAAGUGCGGCAGCUCCAUUAUUGAAAGAAGGUUUCCUCUCGGUGCAUAUUGGUGAUGGAAGACAAGGUUGGCCCGAGUUUGCACCUUAUGAUGCCAUUCAUGUUGGGGCAGCAGCACCAGAAAUCCCGCAGGCACUUAUUGAUCAGUUGAAGCCUGGUGGCAGAAUGGUGAUUCCAGUUGGUAACAUAUUCCAGGAUUUGAAGAUCAUCGACAAGAAUCAGGAUGGUUCUAUUAGUGUCCGGAGUGAAACUUCUGUUCGUUAUGUUCCUUUAACAAGCCGAGAUGCCCAACUAAGGGGUUAAUUAUUUUGUAGUGUUUUCAUCCAGAGGUCUAUGAUGAUGGAAAUACGGUUGCCUAUGCUGGUGCAUCUGAUCCUUAAAAGUAUUUGUACAGUUGUAUAGGAAUGCCAUCUCUACUGCAAUAGCGUCUUCUAGUUUUAGUAUCCUUGCCUUUGGAGGUUUUUUUUUUUCUCCCACUCUCAUGUACUUGUAAAAUAAUAAAUGGUGUCUUUUUAA